CCCCCCCCCCCUCCCCACCCCCAAACCUUCUCAUCCAAUCCGCGUCGAACGAUAACCGAUCUGUGCAUCCAUCUCUUCGUCCGGGGUAGGUGUUUAUCACUUCGCGUCGUAGCUUUCAAUCCAUCCAUGUUUUGAGUUCACGUUGUCUGUAUUACUUGCUAUUGGACACACAGUUCGCCACGACAAGCCACGAUGGGAGGUUUCCGCAGAGCUUAGAGUUAACUACGUACUUCCGAGGAGAAGCACCGAGACAUUGAGGUGGUACUACAUUUGACGACCUACCUGAAAGAUAUCAUAUAAAACAUGGCACAUCUCAUCAAGCUCGUGUUCGAAGUAAUUGGCGCCGGGCCCCUCGAUGCGCCUCCGACAUGUCGGCCGGCCUUCACCGCUACCAGCGCUGGACACGGCACCGAGGAGAAAGAGGCUUGCGCGGCGCCGACUGAGCUCGACACUGAGAAGCAGACGGUGGAGAAUGCUUCCGUUCAGGCGGGAGUGACGACUAUCCAAGCUACCCAAGCUAUAUGGGGCAAGAAAGGCCGAUGGCUGGUUAUUGUCGGGCUAUGUCUCAUCAUGAUAAUAUAUGAAAUCGACAACAGCACCGUCUACAUCUACCGCAACUACGCGACCUCGGAGUUCCAGUCACUCUCCAAGCUCGCCACGCUCAGCACCGCCGGCACCAUCAUCUUCGCGAUCGCCAAGCCGCCCAUCGCCAAGCUGUCCAACGUGAUCGGGCGAGGGGGCACGUACCUGCUCGCCAUCACCUUCUACAUCCUCUCGUACAUCAUCAUGGCGUCCGCCAAAAGCUUCAGCGCCUACGCCGCGGGCUCGGUGUUCUACUCCUUCGGGCAGUCCGCCACGAACCUCAUGAACGACAUCGUGAUCGCGGACCUGACGACCGCGCGCUACCGCGCCCUCGGCAUCUCGCUCUCCUUCUGGCCGUUUCUGAUCACCCCCUGGACCGCGGCCUUCAUCGUCGACAGCGUGACGGCGCCGAGCGGCAUCGGCUGGCGCUGGGGCAUCGGGAUGUUCGCCGUCCUGAUGCCCUUCUGCGCGAGCUUCAUCGUCGCCACGCUGUUCUACUACCAGGCGCAGGCGAAGAAAACCGGCCUAGCGCCGACGCCCCGGAGAAUCUCCGUCUACCAGUUCUGCUCGCAGAUCGAUCUGGGCGGCGUCGUCUUGUUCAGCGGCGGGCUGGCGCUCCUGCUUAUUCCAAUGACGCUCGCGGCCACCACGCCCGCGAGCUGGCGGACGCCGUGGAUCGAGGCGCUGAUUGCGCUGGGCGCGGCGCUGCUCAUCGCGCUGCCGUUUUACGAGCACUAUCUUGCGAAGCAUCCUGUGGUGCCGCCGCAUUACUUCGCGAACCGCACCAUUCUGCUGUGCUGCAUCCUGAUCGCGCUGGACAAUCUUGGGUUCUCCGUAACCCACACAUACAUAUACGCCUGGGUGACAGUCGCCCGGGGCCUCAACGCCCGCGACGCCACCUUCUUCACCUACACAAACGGCGUAGCCCAAUGCCUCGUCGCGAUCCUCGCCGGCCUCGCCAUGGCCCGCUCCCGGCGGUACAAAUGGGUCUGCGUGCUCGGCGCCUGCGUCCGCCUAAUCGGGUACGGCGUGAUGGGCCGGCUGCGCGGCUCCUCCUCAGACAACAGCAUCGCCGAGAUCUUCAUCGUGCAGCUGAUCCAGGGCAUCGGCAGCGGCAUGGUCGGCUCGACGCUGCUGAUCCCCGCGCAGGCCGUGCUCUCGCACGCCGAGAUGCCGCAGAUCACGGCGCUGGUUAUCUGUUUUGCGUUUGUGGGGGGGAGCGUGGGCGCGUGUGUUGCCGGGGGGAUAUACACUGGUACGAUAGAGGCGCAGCUUUCGCGAUUCCUGGGACAUGGUGCGACGGUGGAGACGGUGGCUGCGUUGGCGAACUCGAUUACGGGUGUUGUGCCGGCCUGGGGCACGGCAGAACGGGUGGCUAUUGGCUUCGCGUUUACGGAGGUUAUGAAGUACAUGACGUACGCAGCUAUAGGAUCAUCAACCAUAGCUUUGAUCGGAUCGCUGUUCAUGCCUAAUUUCGAACUGCCUGACAGGAAUAAUCUCGUGGAAGAAUGAGUACUGUGUGGGUAGGGGGAUGGGAACGAGCAGAUGUUUUGGGUAUAGGUGCGGUAAUGUAGAAAGCAAAGAAUCAUUAACCAAUACAAUCCUCCAAUCAAUAUUAACAGUGAAACCUCAUAUCUACUAGACUAGUAUCAGGUAAUUAGUCCGGUCUGCGCAAAUCCCCAAUGAAAACGGGAUAACUCAUAAG